AGCCUGCAGCACUAGUUUUGGCAUAGAUAAAACCUGUUACUAGUUUUGCUGGGGUGUCGUGCUCUGUCUGCCCUGCCAUGUGUCACCCCUGGGCUGAGUCCCAUGCUUCUCUCUGUCCCCACGCCACUCGUGGUCCCUGCGGGGGAAGUGCAGGUUGCUGGGAUGGCGUGCUGGGACGGGCUCUGCCUCAGCUCUGGUGUGCAGAGGGCACUGCUGAGAGCCCGCCUCCAGCUGGGACGUUGCUAACGAGGAAGCAAGGAAGGAAAAAAACAAACAGGCUCAGCAAAGGAGGUACAACCCACCCAAAUCAUGGCUCCCAGCGUGGUGGCACGGGCAACACGGGCUGCCCCCCAUCUGGAGGAAGCCUGGCAGCUGAGCGGACCGUGGUGACGCUUCCUGUGAACACUCGAGCCAAACGUGAGGUUGCUGAGCUGAGGGUUGUGUUUAACAGUGUGGUGGGUGAGGUGGGCUCCUGAUACAGCAGGGAGGAAAUGCUGGAUUCAAGGUAGGGGGGAGUGCUGGUGCUUCAGGGUGGUGUGAUGGGGUUGCAAACAAAGGAUAGAAUGUGCAGAGCAGAGGGGGUUAAUCCCCACAAUUGCAGUUAUUGCCACAACACGGGGAGAGUUGCUGAGGUUUUUCCUAUGGGUGUGCUGGGGUUCAGAGGGGGGCUGGCAAGGACUGGCCUGCAGUCACCCUCGCUGCUUCAGGGAAGCAUUGUCUCCCUUGUGCUGCCUUCUGCAGUGGGAGCAGCCCUGUCCCUGCCUCCAGGCUGCCAGUCCUAGGGUCUCCAUCAGUUCCCCAGCUCUGUGCCUCCACAAGCCCCCAGAACAAUCCUGGGGGCUCUUUCUCCCUCCAGGCAGAAAUGCUGCCUCCUUCAAUGGGCUCUGUUGCAAAGUCAGGAGGCCUCUUGCUGGUCCCAGGGUCGGGGGAAUCCCUAGACCGACUGCCUGUGCUUCAGCUCUGGUGUUUCAGAGGUCUCACCUCAGCCCUCACCCACGGUUUGCAGCUGCAUGUCCCUGCUUGUUGACUGUUCCUCCUCGUUUCAAGCUCUUAAUGCUGCAAGGGACGAGAAAAUAUGGGGGAAAUGUUUUGUACUCAUGCACCAAGGUGGUUGUGCUUGUAACAGAGUCAAUGUGAAAAGGGAAGAGCAAGAAGCAGUGGCAGUGGUGAGCCAGCCCCACGGGUGUCUCAUCUGGCCAGGGGUGCUCCCACCUCUCAGCAGAUGGCCCUGGGCUACCCACCUUCACCUUCUCUUUGUUUGUCCCCACAACCAAAAGGUUGGUGUUGGUGGCCUCAAAGCCCUUGCAUGUCACAUGUCUGCUCCAGGAAAGGAAUGUUACCUCCAUGACCGGCAAGAGCAGGGAAAGAUUCCUGGUGGCUGAAUGGUGAGACAAGGUCAAGGUCCCAGCAGCCUGCCAUGUCUGCAGGUAGCGGAACAGUUCCAGCACACCCCAUCCCUUUCCGUGGCCCCUGGCGCAGCAGCGCAGCAUGGGGGCAGAUGGAUGGGCUGUAGUAGGAUGAGCCCUGCCCUGCUCCUGCUGCUGGCCCUGGCCGGCUGCUCCCUGCUCCAGGGGAUGCUACUGAAGCCACGGGGCGUGAGGCUGGAGGCACAGAACUUCCACGUCUGGCUGCGAUGGGAGCCGGACCCCAACUCACCCAGCUAUGCCACCUAUGAGGUGGAGUGGAGGAGCAGAACCUCGAACUGGACCAAGGCGUGUGCCUGCAGGGGGAACAGCAGGAGCUCCUUGGUGUGUGAGCUGUAUUUUGACAGGAUUCAUGAUAUCUACUGGGCACGGGUGAGAGUGGUGGCCGGAGGUGAGCAGUCUGAGUGGGCCAGUUCCAGCGAGCUGCAGCUGUACAGAGACACAACUGUUGGUCCUCCCAGGUUGUCCUGGCUGCUCCAGGAUCAAAUCCUCAGCAUAAACAUCAUCACACCACUCACUCCGUACCAGAGAAGAACUGGUUCCUACAAGCCAGUCGACCGAGUGCUGCUGAAGCUGUGGUAUUGGCUGCAGCUGUAUGAGGGGGACCUGCUUGUCCAGCAGGUGCCUUGCAAACAGAGCGGUGAGGAAGGGCCUUGCACCUUUGGGCACCUGAAGCCCAGCACACGGUACUGUGUCCGGACGGUGGCUGUGGGCAUUGCCCGGGAGCGGAGCCAGGAGGUAGAGCAGUGCCUGGUGACUCCAGCAGGCCCUGCAGGCUUUCCAUGGGUUCUUGCUGUGUUGAGUGUCUUCUUCCUGCUGCUGCUACUAAGUGUGGCCGGACUUUGCUUCAUGCAGCUGCAUGCCUUUCCCAAUCCUCUGGAGAUGCACCUCCCAAAAGCACUGGCUCUCCAGAACAGCAACCUGAGUGUGGCCAUACAGGUGCCUCUCCUCCAGCUUGAGGAGGAUCCACUGGCCGUGCUCCUGCAGACUGAGCUCCCCUCGCAUGGGCCAUCCACAGCUGGGCAGGCAUCAACCACGGUCCCACAGCUCCUCCGAGGCCUUGCCCAGGAUGUGAGUGGCUACUGUGCCAAUGGAUUUGGCCCAGACUGCCCUGAGAGAAGGGACCCAUCCUGCACCCACAGCCAGCUGGGGCAGGCCGUGGAUUCCCAGGUCCCCUCACAAGUGGAGAAGGAUGGGGAGGCAGGUGAUGGGGAUGAUUUGCCAGAGCAGCUGGUACUAGUAGGACUGACUGGAAACAGCUACAUGGAUGACAGGGACAGCCAGAUACCUGAGAUAUGGCUCCCCCUGCACCUCCAGCUUUAUUCUAAAUGCCAGUGCCCAGUCCUGGGAGCAGGCAGCCACCUUCCUCUGCCCAUGCCAAGCAGAAGCUGCAGCCAGGAGUACCUGCAGGAGAGUCUUAGCACAGCUGGGCACUGCAUCCAGCUCAGCUCCGUGAAGCUCCUGCCCAGUGUGGAGGAGGAGGGAAGGCAGCUCCCCUGUGCUCCUCAACCCCUGCUUGGCGGUGAGGCUGGGUCAAAGCGAGGUGACAGCACCAUGCAGCGAGGCUGCUCGGAGCAGGCAGAACCGUGUGUCUCCAGUCCCUGCCAGCUGCCCCCCUCACCCCGCAGCAUCCUGCGGGCAGUUGCCUUUUCCGGCUACGAGCCACGUACCCCAUCUGGCAGUGAGCCAUAGCAAGUGGGGCACCCCGGCAGCCUCCUGCUCCCAGCAGAGCCCAGGCCGGCUCCCGGAGCUCCCCAGCCAUGAUGGCGGCCUGGCCCAACCUGUUGGUUCCGGGUUGGGGAUGGGACUGGGGCUGGCUUCUACAGAGGCAGGCAAGGGCAUAUUCCGGGCACGGCCACCAAGGAUGGGCAGGGUCCAGAGCUUUCCUCUGGGAUUUGGUACUCUUGAGACACAGCAUAAGGAGCAUGGACCAAAGCUGAACCCCCAAAACUCUUACCUAUCUAUCUGUAUGUGUGCAUGUAUGGUACAGUA